GCAGUGUCCCCGCUCUAACACAGCCCCUCCUCAUGUUGCCAAACCGGUCAACGACGGUACGAAAAUUUAUUUUCUCUUCCCGCCGGCCGAACAUCUCGGGCUGAGACAUCACCUGAGAUGUAGUAAACAAGGCAUUAUUUCCCGGCCAAAACCGCCACCUUCCUUCUACAUUUAAUCAAAUUCCAGCUCCGAUUCCCAUUCCCGCGUUUCCCAUAAUGGUAACCGUCCAAGCUUGUCAGCUUAGCCUCCCAAACCCAUCUUUCUCCUUCCUUGCCCAGUAUUCUCCACCUCCCCACAUCACCUCUUUCCUCUUCGAUUCCAAUUCCAACUCCCUCGCCCUUCACCAUUCCGACACCUCUUUGUCUCUUUACCCUUCUCUCUCCCCUCUCUCCCUCUCUUCCUUCCCUUCUCCCUCCACUCUCGUCCCUUCUCCCACCUCCUCCGCUGCCUUCCUCCACCUCCUCUCUAACCCUAACCCUCGUUCUAUUUUCAUCACCUCCUCGCCUUUCCUCGGCGGCACAGCUGUUCUCUUCCGCUUCUUUAUUUUUCAUCCUACCCGGAAGGCGUUUGUGAAGCUCAAGGUUCGAUCUAACCAUACGGAUUUGAGGUUCGAUGAUAACAAGUAUGGCGUUGUUUUCGCGGUUUCUCAUGGCGUUUCGGUGAAAUUGGCGGGUGGGAGUAAUUUUUUCACCAUGUAUUCUGUUUCGAAUUCGAAGAUUUGGGUUUUUGCUGUCAAAUUGGAGGCGGAUUUUGAAGAGGUGAAGUUGAUGAAGUGUGCUGUGAUUGAUUGUGUCUUGCCGGUUUUUUCCAUGAGUGUCUCGUCUGGGCAUUUGAUUUUGGGAGAAGAGAAUGGGGUUAGGUUUUUCCCCUUGCGGCCACUGGUGAAAGGGAGGGUUAACAGAGAGGGGAGAGUGAGUAGUAGUAUUAUUAGGAGGAAUUUAAAUGGAGGAAUGGACAACAAGGAUGCUGGUAAGUUGGAAGUUAGCAAAGCUAAUAAGCUGCAAAAUGGGUUGGUUCAGGGAAUAAAUGGAAUUGAUCAUGCGGUUCAUUCUAGCAACUCUGGCCGCAAAAAUAUGGGGCCUGAAGGGGCAGUUAGUGUGGUUUCGAAUGGCCAGUUUGAAGGAAAGAUGGAUAAGCAGUCUGAAUCUGUGAAGCCGAGGACCAUGACAUUGAGACAAGAUACUCGAGAUUGGGGUGUGUGUUUCAUAGCAUUUAAUGGCAAGCAAAUUGAAAGUUUUCGAUAUGUCAAGAUGCCAGUGAAGUCUCCAAAGGCAAUAUCAAUCCAUGUAUUAUCACUUACCAAGUUUCUAAUCUUGGAUUCUGAUGGAGAUCUACAUCUCAUGUGCUUGUCCAAUUCUGUGCAUGGAUCAGAAUGUCCUUUUCAUACAAGACAGUUAACUCAGACCGCUAGAGUGCAUAAACUGGCAGUUCUCCCUGGAUCACAGAUUAUUUGGAUUUCAGAUGGACAAUAUACUGUGCAGAUGAUUGUUCUGACUGAUGAAGAGACUUCAAUGAGUGGAACACUCGGAAAUGAGAGUACGCAAGCAAUAUUUGUCAGUGAAAAGAUCCAAGAAAUUAUACCUUUGUCUGCCAAUGCCAUUUUGGUUCUUGGGCAAGGAAGCAUGUUUGCUUAUGCAAUUUCAUGAUUGUCUCAGGUGGUUUUGUCUCCAAGUGAGUGCUGUUCUUUUUUGCCUGAGCAACUUUAGUUUACUUUUGAGAGAUCUAAGUUUAGUGCCUGACUUUCAAAUAUAUUUUAUAGGCCAUUAGUUAUCCAGAAAUGGAUGGUUAAUUGGUGCCUGUUGAGUUUCGUGGGUGUUGAGUAAGUAGUUUAAACAGUUUGUUAUUCUGAUCUGUUAUUUUUAUUCUUACAGAUUAACUUUGAAGUUUGAGUGAAAAUGUUAAAGUUGGCAUUUUAGGUUUAAGCCUAACAGAAUUACAUUUGUAACUGUGUCUGUAGUUUCAAGCUUCAGUCAUCCCAAUACGUAAUGGAAUACAUCACAACCAGGACAAUGAUCUCGAGUAAGUAUGAUUUUGAAUUUUGAUUAAUUCUUGGUGCAUCUAAAAUUAUAAACUGCCCUCUACAUGAGAUUCCUGUGAGUUCUCAUAUUUUUGGGGGAAGUAGAGAGUUUUCGAUGAAUUCGAUUGAUAUUGGCAGGGAAGAAUUGACCAGGUUUAUUGGCUACCAUUGAUAUUUGGUCUUGUUGCCUAGUUGAAUAUUGGUUCCUGGUAUAACAGGAAAAAGUUGGCUAUAUCUAGGAUAAACCCUGCUUUGAAUUGUAAGAUUUUGAAUGAUGCAAUUAUCAGCAUCGCUUCAAGAAUUCUGAUGUGAUAAUGCUAGCUUUGUAAAACUUCACCACUGCAGACAUGGUAUAUUUCAAUUUACUUGCCCCUUAGCUUGAAAAUGUUAUAGUUUGGAUGGUGCAGGAAUGGUAAAAUUGACAACUAGGUCUGUGGUUGGUUCACUUAAGGUAUUGUGAUAGGCUUGGUAUUAGCAUCAUCUAUUGGUGGAAAAGCGUUGGCUUGAUUUCUUUUACUGAUGCACUUUCUUAAUUUGGUCUAAUGGAAAAGCUCAUCCUUUGUUGUACAGUCAAUUUCAUCCAUUUCAUGCAAAGCUUCUGUGUAUCAUUAAGGAUGUAGUAGUGUGGCUGUCAGCAGAGUUCUGAAGCUUGAGAUGUUCAAGUCUCUCAUCAAGACAUCAAGCGAAUGCUACGGGCCUGCUGCUUGAGGAGCCUUGGCUGUUGAUUUGCUGUUUUACAAGCUCUACCGGUUGGGUGCUCUCAUUUUUUCUUUCUAUUGGUGGAGAAAAUCAGCAUUUUAUCUGACACUCUUUAAGGUAAGGGGUAGCUCCGCAUUGUAUUGGCAGAUGAUGUUAGAUUUGGACCGCUUGUUCAGCGCCUUAUGCCAUCUCUGGCUGCUAUGGAGAGAUUGCAAUUAAUAUUUCCCAAGUGUAAGUGCUCGGAUCGGGCAGAAAUAUGUUUCUGCUGUGCAUAUAGAAUGUUAUACUUGAAACUGUUCACUUGUCAUAACACUUGUUUGUAGCAGGGUUGUUUCCUCCACUGGGUACAUAUCUGAAGGGCGUUACACUUCAACAGAUAUAUAGUUGUAACGAAUUAUUUAUUUAUUUAUUUAUAGGUUACCUAUCUUGAAUUUUAUUACUUAAAUUA